UGAAAGAGCAGUCAGUGCUUUUAACUGCUGAACCAUCUCUCCAGCCCCCCAUUGUUCAGGGCUUUAAAAAUACUUUUAGUUAUGUGUGUUCUUUCGUGUCUGUAGGUAUGUGCACAGGAGUACAGGUGCCCUGAGAGGCUAAUGAUGUCAGAUCCCCUGCGUCUGGAGUUAGAGGUCAUUGUGCGUCACCUGAUAACAGGAACCCAGCUAGGGUCUAUAGCAAGAAGAGAACCCUGCAGUCACCCUCCAUCCCCAGUCAGCACUAUCAGCCUCAACAGGCUAGGCUGGAGUACUUGCUGAAGAGCCAAGGGAUUUCUCGACAGCACUGGGAAGAGGGUCAGGUGGCUCACUGACUGUGUCUGUCUGAGAGCACUGACAUGAGGGUUAUUACAAGGUAAGAGGUAUGUAAUUAAGCAGUCCUGACCAAGGCGUCGUUCAGCCGUAAUAAACUCAUUGUCUUAGGUGUCUUGAUAAAUCCUUAAUGUGUUCAUUGUUGAGAGUGGAACCUGCUAUCAGGUGGCCUGUCCAGUUUGGUUUUGAUUGUUCCUGGCUCAAGCCGGGCAGUGGUGGCGCACGCCUUUAAUCCCAGCACUCGGGAGGCAGAGGCAGGCGGAUCUCUGAGUUCGAGGCUGGGCUGGACUGACAGCCUCCAAAACAAUACAGAGAAACCCUGUCUCGUAAAAACCAAAAAAUAAAUAAAGGUUAAGGACACUACUCUACCUCAGCUAAAGACAGGAAGGCAGAAACUUAACUCCAUAAAGAUUCUGAAGUAGGUACCUGUGGUUUGGUUUGGUUCCGGUUAUUGCUUUUGAAGCCAGGCAUGGUGGCUGAAACCUUACCCCACUCUUAGAAGGCCACCUGAUGGAGUGGGUAGUUAGUUAGGGAAGGCGCAGUGAUGUUUUGUCUUUGACACUGCUACUGAGAGGUUGUGGUGGACAGCCAGAGAGGCCUGCUCCCACUCUGCCUUUUAACACACCCUUUUCUGUGACCCCACAUCUCCAUCCAGCUAAACCAGAGUCCUGUAACCCAACAACCAUUAGCCGCAUUCCACACCCUCUUUAAAGAGCUGUUUUAAAUGCCUCCACCUGCCCUCCUCGCUUCCCCUUUGUUUCCUUAUUCCUGCGCUCCUGUCCCCUUGGCUUAACACCUGUACCUGAAAUGCGUCUUCUUCCCGCUAGUUACCAGGCCUCCUUUCAGACACCACAGGCUCCAGAGUCCUGGCUUCUGUUUCAGACACCACAGGCUCCAGAGUCCUGGCUUCUAUUUCAUAGAGUAUGUGUAGUCUAAGCUGGACACCAUCACACAGGUGCAGUGCUGGAGUCUGAACCCGAGGCUUUCUGCUUGCUAGGAGGUACCCUGUCAGCUGAGCUCCAUUCCCAGCCCAACCACAGUCAAGUUGAAAAGAUCUGCAAGUCCUCCCUCACAGCCACCCUCAGCAGAUGGUCGCCUGUACCUCACUGCACCUCCCAACCCAGUCCCCAUUAGUCUACCAGUUCCCGCCUCAGCUGCUGGGACAGCAUCUUCCCUCCCACCCCUUUGCAGGCCAGACUCCUUGGAUGCCUUCAGGGACCUUCAGAUACACAUAGGCCAUCUCAUGUCACUAGGGAUUUAUAUGAAGAUAAAAAUCGGUCAUGCAAAUGACAUACAAGAACUCCGUUGUGCCAUCCUGACUGCCCAGCUUCUUGGACACGCUUGGUGACCUAAGCCUUAUGGCUCAUUGACUAUUCUAAAAAUUUCAGUGGACCUGAAGGUCCCUGCUCAGGUCUGUGUCUGUCUCUCUCUCUGUAUAGACAGGGUCUCGCUAUGUAUCCAUGGUUGGCCUGGAACUUGCUAUAUAGAUUAGGCUGACCUAGAAAUCUGCCUCUGGAGUGCUGAAAUUAAAGGUGUGGGCCGUUAGGCUCUGUGUGCACGCUCACGUGUAACAAGGUGACCUUGAACAGAAUUCUGAUCUUCCUACCUCCACUCACUUCUGAGUAUUGGACUACAGGCAUGCAUUACCUAGCACCCAUGAUUUAUGCAUUGCUAGGGAUGGGACCCAGAGUCUUGGGCAGGCUUCACUAGCACUCUACUGAGUUACAUCUUCAGCUUCUGAUAUAUAUCCCAGGCUUCCAAGUCGCAAUGAUCCCUUUUGUAGGCCCUUGGGGUCCUGAGAAACCACGCCCCUCUGGGCUUGUGAAUGUGGAAAUGAGGGGAAAGUACCAAAAGGGGACCGACAUGCAGUAAGGAGCAAAGCACACCUACGCGCAACAGGAAGAUCGGAACCAGAACAAAUCCAUGCAUUUGGUAGAUGUAGUGGCACCGGGAGCAAUGAAUGCAUGCAGAAGGAGGUCUCCCAAGCAGUCCCGAGUGGGCGGGGCCUCAAACUGUUGGUAGCCCUGUGGGCGGGGCCUUACGCUGCACCUCCUUGCCGGCACCGGGUGGGGCGGGGCCUCGCUCUGCACCUCCUCGCUGGCGCCUGGGCGGGUGGCUCGCGUUGGCCGCGAUAUGGCUGCGCUGGUGGAGCCGCUGGGUCUGGAGCGGGGGGACCCGCGGGUCGUGUCGAUCGCUUCCAGCCUGACCUCGGUCGCCCUUCCUGCUGCCCUCGCGUGCCUUCGUGGUCCCCACUGCGUUCUGUAGACGUGUCCCGGGCCGUGGAGCUGCUGGAGAGGCUGCAGCGCAGCGGAGAGCUGCCCCCGCAGAAGCUGCAGGCCCUGCAGCGGGUCCUGCAGAGUCGCUUCUGUUCUGCUAUCCGCGAGGUGUACGAGCAGCUCUAUGACACGCUGGACAUCACUGGCAGUGCCGAAGUGCGGGCUCACGCCACAGCUAAGAGUCAUCCCUGGAGGUGUGGCGGAUCGCCAUGGUGGCCUCAAGAGGGGAGACCAACUGCUGUCUGUGAAUGGUGUGGUGAGUGGGCAGUGGUCUGUGCGGAGCCCGGGAGCUGUUGGCCGUCCACGGGAGCACAGCCUUUGUAGACCGGGGGGGGGGCGCUGCUGGCCCCCAAAAACUCAGGAGACCAGUCCAGUGUAGAGGACGGGAGUUUCUCAGACUAAGAGGAGGGCGGCUCUGCAUGGGACAGAUAGGGCCUGUAACUGCGCUCUCUCUCUGCCUGUCUCUCUGUCUGUCUCUCUGUCUCUCUCUCUCUCUGUCUCUCUGUCUGUCUCUGUCUGUCUCUCUGUCUGUCUUUCUCUCUCUGUCUCUCUCUCUCUCACACACACACACACACACACACACACACACACACACACACACACACACACACACACACGAGGAGAAAGGUUGACUCUGAUGGAAGUCUGGGCCACCCAGCAUCCUGAAGUCCCAGUGGUUAGAAUGCCAGGAACCACUGCCAAGGAGGUAGUCUGGCCAGAAAAGCUGGGUUUUUGCUGCUGGCUGAGGAUAGGAGAGCAAUAGGCUUAGGGGUGCAGUGUAGAUGGACCUCUCGGGACUCUGGAAGGAUGGACAGGUUCAGUGACCUGGUUCACCGACUGAGCUGUGGUGACGUGGCAGAUUUCAGGGUGCGGUGUGGGUGAUGAGUCUACAUUCACGGGAGGGGGGUGAGGCCUCGGAGACUCAACCGUAGCAGCACCUCACUACCCACCGGUCCCAUGUCCUGGGUAGGGUGGUAAGGGCAGCAGUUUGGGCCAGCAGCCAGUGCGAGGCCUGCCCUGCAGAGUGUGGAGUGCGAACAGCACGAAAAGGCCGUGGAGCUCCUCAAGGCCGCCCAGGGCUCAGUGAAACUGGUGGUUCGCUACACCCCGCGGGUGCUGGAGGAGAUGGAGGCUCGCUUUGAGAAGAUGAGGUCUGCCCGCA